GGAGCCGCUCCCGGGAAGGUGACUCCGGUGCCGGACCAUGGCGUGGCUGAGACCGGCCGCGCUUGGGACACUGAUGCGAACCGCCACGGGCGGGGGGCGGCUGGAAGGGGCUGGGAGGCUUUGCGGUCACCGGUACCGCCAUACUCCCCCGGAGCUUUGGGACAUUCCGUCGCUUCUCUCCGCCCUCCCGGUCCGCCGGUACUCGGUCCCCCCGCAGCCGGUGAUCGCCGCCAAGGAGCCGUUCGCGGUGGAGCUGAAGGCAGGGAAGAAAUACGCCUGGUGCAGCUGCGGGCACAGCGAGAAACAGCCCUUCUGCGACGGUGCCCACAAGAAGGCAGCCCCGGGGGCCUCCCCGCUGCGCUUCACGGCCGAGCAGGACGGCACCGCCUGGCUCUGCGGCUGCAAACGCACGCGGACCCCCCCCUACUGCGACGGCACCCACAAGGAGGAGGCCGUGCAGGCUGCCCAGCCCCCCACAAAGCCCUGAGUCGGCUGCACCCCGCAGGGCUGGGGCGCACAGAGC